ACACUCUCACGGCGCGUACUUAUUGUUAUUAUUUAUCUUUUUCGUGAUUAGUUAUCAGUAUUUCUGUCCAAAUAAUAAAUGUUUGAUAAAUGAACGAGUCGUUAGUAUAAAAUUAGUUUUGAAAGACAAUAAACGAGAAAAAUAUUCAAAUGGCUACUAUUCCAAUUCACAAUCCACAACUUCCAUUUCUCGGAAGCAUUCCGGGAGGCAUGAGACCUGGAUUGAUGCUUCGAUUUCGAGGAGUUGUCCAUCAAGAAGGCAGAUUACAAAUUAACAUUCAAUGCGGAGCAGCAACUGAACCAAGAGAUGAUGUUGCACUUCAUUUGUCGAUUCGUCCUCGGGAAAAUUGCAUUGUAAGAAAUAACUAUACGAAUCGUGUUUGGGGAACGGAAGAACGUUACGGACAUUCUCCAAUUUAUUUCGGGCAACCUUUCGACUUGCUCGUUUUAGCUGAACAUUCGCAGUAUAAAAUUGCCGUUAAUGGAGCACAUUUUGCAACUUUUACGCAUCGUCUUCCGUUGACACGAGCAACUUUCGUAUCUCUCGCGGGCGAAGGAACAAUUCACAUGAUUGGCGUCGAGAAUGAUACAACAGGAGCAUCAAAUCCGGGACCUACUGCUCCUCCAAUGGGAAAUUUGCCUGUUUAUCCGCCUCCCGGAGCACAAGUUUGUCCAAUGCCAUAUCCGCCUUAUCCUUCGCAUGGACCUCCUCAUGGCGGAGUUCCUGUAUUUCCCGGCAUGCCAGGAGCUCCUGCUCCUCCGCCUUAUACGCCAUAUCCAACAGGAGGAUAUCCGGGAAUGUCAGGACAAACAACUUCUUAUCCAACAGCAUCUACUGAUCCGUAUCGAAAUCCAUCAAAUCAUCAAUACGUUCCUCCGAAACAAAACAAAGGUAUCAUCGAAGACACCAAAGACUUCAUUAACAACAUAAUUGGCAAAGCAACUAACUCAAUCGUGCCAUCUCAAAAUCCUCACAAGUACAACAACAACCAUAAUGCAUACAAUCCAGGAGGAUUUGCGCCUCAAUCUCAACCAUAUUAUCCCGGAAGUCAACCAAUGUAUCCACAAACAGGUCAUGGAAACAAUGGAGGAAUAUUAGGAGCUUUGGGAGGAGGAACAGCAGCUGCUAUAUUAACGGGAGUUGCAAUGAAGGGGGGAAAGAAAAAAAUGAAGAAAAAUAAAGCCUUGAAAUACGCAGCUGGCGCCGGAGCUCUUGGAUUAGGAGGAUAUGCGAUAUCGAGAGCAUUGAGAAGAAGUUCUUCGAGUUCAUCAAGUUCUUCGGAUUGAUUUUUUGUUCACAUUUUCUAUCAUAAUAUAUUUGUUUUUUAAAAAAAAAAUUAAAAUUACACAA